CUCACCGCGCUGCGCCCAGCGCCCCGGACUCCGUGGCUCCGCCGACUCGGGGGAGCUGGCCUGGGGCGUCGCCCUCUGGGAGGCCCUGGGACCCGCGGGGCGGCAGCAGCGGGAUGGGCCUGAGCCCCGCCGCCGGGGGCGAUUGCGGGCGCCGCUUCCCUAGGUUCCCCCGGCCCCGCCUCAAAGCCGCGUCGAGAACCGCGAGUAUACGGCCGAAUGACAGUCAGCCUGCUCCGGGACAUUCAGCUGUGCCCCAGUCGGGUCGCCACAGGAAUGAGGCUCCCCUCCACCGAGCCACCACGCCCCGGCCUGGAACCCCCCUGGAUCGUUCCCCCUGUCCCAGCCGGCCAUCGGACCCCCAGCAAGAAGACUCUGUGGGCUCUCACGCGUUGGUCCAGCUCAUGCCCAAGCAGCCACAGCCGGGCACGUUAGAACAGAGCAGAAGCAGCGUCCAGCAAGGGGAGACGCCUAUGGUUAACUUGGAGCCCACGCCCAAGCAGACGAGAGCAGAGUGGAACUCGACCCCAAAGCCUGGCAGUGCAGGCAGAUUAACAAAGCAAGCCGCGGAGGUUUAUUUAGGUUGGCGAGCAUUAUCCCAUCUGCUGAGGGCCCAAAUAGAGCAAAGAAGGUCAAGAAAGAACAAUCUCUCUCUUCUCGAGCUGGGAGGUCCAUCUUUUCCUGCUCUCUGACAUCAGAGCUCCUGGUUCUCUGGCCUUUAGACCCCAGAACUUAGACCAGGGCCCCUCCCACCGCAUUCAACGACCUUCAGCCAUGGAUGGACUAGGACUUAGACCAUGGGCCUGCUUGGUUCUGUGGCU